UAUCUGUUUGCACUGUCAGUUGUUACCAUUUGUCAAAAUGGCUGUGUUUACAUAUCGUUUGUAAAAUGUUAUUGUAGACAAUGUUUUCUGUAUGUAAUUUCUGCAGACCCUGUGAAAUGAGAUUUCAGGUUAAUUGGCAACUAUAUAUAUAGUCAUUCGGAGGGAAUGAAUGUUGGUGUGUAUCACACAGACUCAGCGGUGUGGACAUAAACCAAUCACAAAGCGAGAAGUUCUCGAGCGAGACGCACCAGCGCAUGAAUGUGGGUCAUUCCACGCGCUCAGCACCGGGAACGGACGCAGUUUUCCCAACUUGCCAACAUGGGACAGAACUGGAUAUCGGACCGGUCACUCAUAAAGCCUAUCCUAAAACAAGGUAACUGGCCAUUAUGAAGCGAUUUGGUCAGAUGCGAUAUUAAGAUAUGUUUUUAGAGAUGGAAAACGGCACAAACCACACGCAGGACCGCGCGCACGGAGCGCAGGAGCAAGAGGAUGGAGACGGACAGAACAGCGUGCGCGCUCUGCUGGGUUUCGUGCUCUUCCUUCUCAUCGUCUCCACGUUGCUAGGGAAUACGCUCGUUUGUGCCGCCGUGGUCAAAUUCAGGCACCUCCGCUCCAAAGUGACCAACUUUUUCGUAAUUUCUCUGGCCGUUUCUGAUCUCUUCGUAGCCGUCCUUGUGAUGCCAUGGGAGGCGAUAUCCGCGGUGGCGGGCACUUGGCUCUUCGGUCGCUUUUGCGGCAUCUGGAUCGCCUUUGACAUCAUGUGCUCCACUGCGUCCAUCCUCAACUUGUGCAUCAUCAGUGUGGACCGCUACUGGGCCAUAGCGAGCCCGUUCCGAUACGAGCGCAAGAUGACCCACCGGGUGGCUUUCAUGAUGAUCGGAGUGGCGUGGACCCUGUCCAUCCUCAUCUCUUUUAUCCCGGUCCAGCUCAACUGGCACAUGGCUGAGGAAGAUGAGGAGGGCGCAGCGGGUAACGGCACCGAUUACAGCGACAACUGCAAAGCCAACCUGAACCGGACGUAUGCCAUCUCGUCUUCGCUGAUAAGUUUCUACAUCCCCGUGAUCAUCAUGAUCGCCACGUACACGAGGAUAUUCCGUAUUGCGCAAACACAGAUCCGCAGGAUCUCCUCUUUGGAGAGGGCAGCGGAGCACGCGCAAAACCACCACCAGUCCAACGACUGCUCCAACGAGAACUCGCUUAAAACCACUUUCAAGAAAGAGACCAAAGUUUUAAAAACACUCUCGAUCAUUAUGGGGGUCUUUGUGUUCUGUUGGCUGCCGUUUUUCGUGCUGAACUGCAUGGUGCCCUUCUGCCAGUGCGUGAGUGACACUACCUUCACCAUCUUCGUGUGGUUCGGCUGGGCCAAUUCCUCCCUCAAUCCCGUUAUCUAUGCGUUUAACGCAGACUUCAGGAAAGCGUUCUCCUCGAUUUUGGGUUGCAAUAAAAUUUUCCCCAGCACCACAGUGGAGGCGGUGAAUUUCAGUAACGAGCUGGUGUCGUAUCAUCAUGACACGACGCUUCAGAAGGAAGCGCAACCGCUGGCCGCUCAGAUGCCGAACCCAAGAGAGGAGCGCAGUCUGCCGUUCGAUAAGGAUUCGGUUACCUCAAACGUGUCCCGCAACCACAAAAACAUGCUCUUACCCAACAUCGGACAGUUUGAGUGCGACGGGGAGAUUUCCCUGGACACUAUCACACCAUUCACCUCCACGGGACUCAUGGAGUGCGAGGGAAUACCAGGCCAAAUUAUUAAUGAAUGAUUUAGGGGGGUUGUUGUUGUUUUUUUUAACCAAGGCUUUAACGUUACCUCCUCACAUGAAGCCAAAAUUAGUGGUAUUACAAAGUACGCGGAACAGGUUUAAUUCCACAUAUCAGAAAGGAAAUCAAACAACUUUUUAGUAACCAAAAAGUAACGCAUUUUUGCCUUCCACAAAGAAAAAAAAAAAGACGUUUACGGAUAGUUUGCUAAGGUGGUAACCAUAGCAACAGAACGUCGCUCGAGCGCUUACAGUAUUAAUCGUUACAUCGGCAAAACAUAAAUACUGUUUUAUCACUUCAUAAUUUUUUUUUUUUUUUACAAACGUAAAACGAGGAUUUGCGCCAAAGAGCCCUACAAAUUAUACACCUGAAAGUCACAGUAAGCACACUAAAGAUUUCUAAAGCGAAUUUGUUCACUGUUUGAUCGACGCUGGAGGAAUAAUAAACUUUUACGUUUUUUUUAAAACAAAAUGCAUUCUAUUUUUAUCGUCAUUUUAAGCAUAAUUAAAUAACUUAAUUUGUUUCAUCCUUUGUUUGAUAUUUUGUUCACCAUGUACAUGUACAGUAAAAUAUUAAAUUCAGUGUAAGUAUUUGUAUGUUAUGUCCGGCCUAUAUAUUAUAUGUGUUUUAAUGUGAGAAAUGUCAAUUUGCUGGCUACUUUUGCAGAUGAUGUCGCUAUAAUCCUUGCAGACAGGAUAAGCACAUUAUCUUUGCACCUUUCUGUCCACGGCUUGUUACACAAAAAACUCUCUAGAUUUGUCAAAGUAGCCAAGCUUCCUUGGAUCACAGCUCUGCACAUAUUGGCAUUCUCUCAUUAGGUGCCACCUGGGAUGCUUUUAAUAGCAGCCUAUUGAAUUGGGAUCCACGUUAGACACUUCUUGUCUGCUUUUCCUUCACCCUCCAGUCCAUAUGCUUAAUUCAUAUUUAAACACAAAACUAAUUUCAAGCAUUAGAAACCAAAAGAAACAUUAUUUUAGUCAAUUGACUAAUCCUCUGUAUGCACUCUAGGGUUAAAGAUCACACACAAAUCAUUAGAUAUUAGAUUCAUAUAUCCUAAAUUUGUGAAAUACUUUUCCGAGUUGACAAAUCCAGGUUAAGGUUACUGAUUCUGACUAUAAAAGUGUGCAAAACACCUUUGGAUUUUCUCAUAAAUAUAAUUUUAAUCAUUUGUCUUCACAAAGCAGGCCUACAUUUAGAGGUGAUGUAUUCUGAGGUUAUGUAAUAAGAUAUUUUAUACUGGUUGAAUGUAAUUGUUAAACAGACAACCAGGUCAUUCCUACCAUAGGUAGAGUGAUUUAUGUCUCAUCUCCUCCCUGUUUCUAACCUACUUCAUAACCAGAUUGCAUUACGUCAUGAAUAGGCACAGGGUUUCUCAUGGUAAAAUGCAGAGUACCACAAACAGGAAUUUGGGCAUUAAGACGGUAGCAGCUGAAAUCUCAUCCUUAGAUCCUGUUGUGUAAAACUGAUCAUGUUGUAGAUUAAUUGCAUGGAGAUAUUAAGUUUAUAUUUUUUGCUGGUCUAUUCAUGAAUAGAAUACUGCAGCACAGCAUCCUUGAACAAACAAGGAAACAACAAGAAUAUGAUUAUACAUGUACUGUGC